GUCUCGGUGCCGCGCAGGCGGGCGGCCGGCGGGGAGCUCCGCCCGCCCGAGGCUCCCGGGGCAGGGCUGGGCCGGGGGCGGUGCCCGGCGGGAUGGCCGCGGCGCGGGCUGCCCGGGGCGGAGGGCGGGCGCCGUAGCCGCAGCCGCCCGCCCCGCAGCGCGGCGGAGCCGGCGGGAGGAGCGGGCGCCGCGGAGCCAUGGGGCACCCGCCGCUGGAGUUCAGCGACUGCUACCUGGACAGCCCCGACUUCCGAGAGCGGCUCAAGUGCUACGAGCAGGAGCUGGAGCGGACCAACAAAUUCAUCAAGGAGGUGAUCAAGGACGGCAACGCGCUCAUCGCCGCCAUCCGGGCAGUGUUUCAGAAAACCUGUGUUUGCUGCCGUGGUGAUAGUUCCUUUGUUACUGGGUCUGCAAUGGACAAGAACAAAAAUACACCCAGAUCACCGUUCUUGUCAGGUUACUCCUCGGCAGUACAGAAGUUCUCCCAGACUUUGCAGUCCUUUCAGUUCGACUUUAUUGGUGACACACUAACGGAUGAUGAGAUUAAUAUUGCCGAGUCCUUUAAGGAGUUUGCAGAGCUGCUCCAGGAGGUAGAGCUGGAGAGGUCCAUGAUGGUACAAAACGCUAGUGAUUUGCUGAUCAAACCUUUGGAAAACUUUCGGAAGGAGCAAAUAGGAUUCACCAAGGAAAGAAAGAAGAAGUUUGAGAAGGAUGGUGAGAAGUUUUAUUCUAUGCUGGAUCGCCAUUUGCAUUUGUCUUCCAAAAAGAAGGAAUCCCAGUUACAGGAGGCUGACCUUCAGGUUGACAAAGAGAGACACAACUUCUUUGAGUCCUCGCUCGAGUAUGUGUACCAGAUCCAGGAAGUGCAAGAAAGCAAGAAGUUCAGCAUUGUCGAACCGGUGCUGGCUUUUCUCCACAGCCUCUUCACUUACAACAACCUGACGGUGGAGCUCACGCAGGAUUUCCUCCCUUACAAACAGCAGCUCCAGCUCAGCCUGCAGAAUACCAGGAAUCACUUUUCCAGCACACGGGAGGAGCUGGAAGACCUGAAGAAGAGGAUGAAGGAAGCUCCCCUGACCUGCAAGCUCCCUGGGCAGCCGACCAUCGAGGGCUACCUGUACACCCAGGAGAAAUGGGCGCUGGGCAUCUCCUGGGUGAAAUACUACUGCCAGUAUGAAAAAGAGGCAAAGACCUUACGGAUGACGCCCAUGGACCAGAAGCCUGGAGCUAAACAAGGCACCUUAGACCUGACCCUGAAAUCCUGUGUAAGAAGAAAGACGGACUCCAUAGACAAAAGGUUUUGUUUUGACAUUGAAACUAAUGAAAGGUCUGGGACCAUCACGCUGCAGGCGCUGUCGGAAGCCAACCGCAGGCUGUGGAUGGAGGCCAUGGACGGGAAGGAGCCGAUCUACCACAGUCCCAUCACAAAACAGGAGGAAAUGGAGCUCAACGAGGUCGGCUUCAAGUUCGUGCGGAAAUGCAUCAACGCGGUGGAAACAAAAGGGCUCGCUACCGAGGGCGUGUACCGGACCGUGGGCAGCAACAUCCAGGUGCAGAAGCUGCUGAACGCCUUUUUUGAUCCAAAAUGUCCAGGGGACGUGGAUCUCCAAAGUGGCGACUGGGACAUCAAGACAAUCACCAGCUCACUCAAGUUCUAUCUCAGGAACCUGUCUGAGCCCGUCAUGACGUACAAGCUUCACAAAGAGUUGGUCCUGGCUGCCAAGUCCGAGAACCUGGAUUACAGGCUGGGAGCCAUUCAUGCUCUGGUCUAUAAACUGCCUGACAAGAACAGAGAGAUGUUAGAGCUCCUCAUACAACACCUCGUCAACGUGUGCGAGCACAGCCGGGAGAACCUGAUGUCCCCGUCUAACAUGGGGGUGAUAUUUGGACCGACCCUCAUGCGGGCCCAGGAGGACACCGUGGCAGCGAUGAUGAACAUCAAGUUCCAGAACAUCGUGGUCGAGAUCCUCAUCGAGCACUUUGGGAAGAUCUACUCCGGCCCUCCCGAAGACACCGCCGCCCCCCCAGUGCCCCCUCCCAGGGUGGCUGCCCGGCGGCACAAGCCCAUCACCAUCUCCAAACGUCCUCUGAGGGAAAGACCCGUCUUCUUCGGAGCUUCUGUGGAAGACAGCGGAGGAGACCGGCACGGCCAGACCCCCAACGGCAGCGGUGGCACCGAGGUCCCUAAGCCGCUGCUCCGCAGCCGCCCGCCCGCGCCCCGGCCCGGGGGCGACGAGCCGCGUCCCCCCAGCGAGGGCCGGCCGGAGGCAGAGGUGGGACGGCUGGUGGCCAGGCUGCAGGAUGGGGCAGCCAAGCCUGGCAAGGCAGCCAACGGGCUGGUGGCCAACCCAGCCCUGCGGACCAACACGCUGCAGGCCAGGAGACCCGCUCCGCGGCCGGGGAUCCACGGCAGAGAGGGCGAGUGCGACGGUGUCCCCAAGCCGCGAUCCCAUGGCGAUAAGCCCGUGAUAACGCGUCCCCCCGUGAGACCUCCGGACCCCCCGUGCAGGGCUCCUGUCCCCGCCCGGCUGGAGCAGAGGCCGGAUCUGAUCGCAGGGACAGCGGAGGAGAUGCCUUCAUCCGUGGUGGCCUCUAGGACAAAGUUCUUUGAGACGGCUUCGCGCAGGGGCGGCAGUUCUCCAUCACCGCAAGGCAGGAUCCCAGGUGACGAGAGCUGAUGCUGAAGCCUGUGUAUCCUCCUCAGCCCAGCGAGACCCGGGAGAUUUUCUGUGCUUGUGAACAGAAGUGUCUCAGCUGAGACGUUGCCAGUUCCAGUGCCCCUCAGAGCAGCUAACUUUCCGGAUGAUUCCCGAGCAUGCUGUUAGAAGUGGCUCAAGAAAUUAGAAGAGAGGGAGAUGAAGAUGGAGAGAAGACCCUACGCACACGUUUGUUUGAACUUUCCCCAUCUGUCACCCCUCGACUCCACGCGGGCUGGACGACGCUCGUGUGCCCGCGGGGCUGGGAGCGGCCGUGGUCCUGCUCGCGUGUUGGGACGCGCGCCCUGGCCGGGGUGACCUCGGGCUGACGUUGGACUGGAAGCGCGAGGGGCUGACUCCCUGUGCCGGGAUGCAGGGGUAGGGCGACCGGAGUUUGGGUUGGCCCCUACCCAUGAGAAGCUCCUUCUUUAUGUUGUUUUCCUCGCUCAAUAAGCUAUCGUGUGUUUGUCAGUGUGUAGGAGAGCAGCGCAUGUUACUGGAAAUGCUGCUUGUGCUAAGGCAGGACAGGGACUGUGGGACCCUCGUGCUCAGCUCUGGGGACAGCUCUCCAUCUCCUUCCUGGUGUCAGCUGCCCCUGUCCCGGCAGAUGCGGUGCCGGGGGCUCUGCCUGCACGGGGCCGUGUCCCCUGCCCGUGGGUCAGCUUUGCUGGGCGGGCCAGCGGCCUCCGAGAGCACGGCCGGGAGGAGGCAGCAGACAGCCUUCCUCCUUGUUGUCCUCAUCCUCCUCAUCCGCCUAGUCGUCCUCAUCCUCCUCUUCCUCCUCCUCCCGCCGCGUGAGCCGCUCUCCCACCAGCUCCACUUCUCUGGGCCCACCCAGAAGCCUCCGUGCCCAGAGUUACUCUGGUGGGCCAGCACGGAGGUGAUGAGGAACCGACACUUGCCGAAUACGGGCCAAAGCCCACUGUUUUUCAAAGAGGCGCCCGGUUUCUUGUUUGCUUGUUACAUUGAGUUACAAUCCAGGAGAUGUCCAGUCUCCUUUUCCUGAGCAGCGACUGUGUAGGUGAUGCCCUGCGGUCUGGCAGGGUUUCUCCUGCCAGGACCCCUGAUAAGAGUGGAGGCUUGUUUGUGGUUCCAGCUGACACCAGGGCUUGUUCUGAGCCAUAGCAUUUCCCUGUAAAUAGGCAACAGGCGCCUUCCCUGCUUCCCCUCACCAGCCCAAAGGCAGCUUCACCAUUUUGAAUGAUUUUCCAUGGGUGCUGGGACCAUUCCCAAACCAGUGACCAAACCUCCCUGGCAGCUGCAUCCUGGGUGCUCCAUCCCUCAAGCAUCCCACCCUGCCCGGUGUGGUUUGCUGGGGAUGUGCCGUGGUCCCUGCUGUGCUGUGUCCUGCCGCUCGCCGUGUGUCUGUGCCCGGGGAUGUGCCGUGGUCCCUGCUGCGCCGUGUCCUGCCGCUCGCCGUGUGUCUGUGCCCGGGGAUGUGCUGCGGUCCCUGCUGCGCUGUGUCCUGCCGCUCGCCAUCUGUCCGUGUCCCGCGCCCGGCUGCUCUGCCGCUGAAUGUAACUCUGGCCUUGCGGUCACACGUGUCGUGUCCACGGUGCUGCCGCUGCCACGGGCUGCUCGCUCCUGUGCUCCUGCUUGGACAGUGGCAUGUAAAAGUGGCUUUAAAAAAACCAAUGUGAUAUCAAUGCCUGGACUGUGUAACACACACUGGCAUCUCAGGGCUUUGCGAAGCUCCGGUGAGCCGUUCUGCAGCCGCCUCUGGCCAGCGCCCGGGGAGCGAGCGGCACCAAACCACGUUGUGUUGUUCUGAUCAGGUGUCUGAGGGCGGCGAGACUGUGAGCCCGCGGGCCUGAGGCAGCACAGAGGUUCCAACCAGCCCCAAAUGGCUGGGGGUGCUGGGGACGCCUCCCAGGGUGGCUUUGUCACCUCCUCCUGGGCUGGCUGUCCCAGAGGCCACCGUUUCCCUGACACCGUCCCCUGUGCCUGCGGGUUUGGGCAGUGCCGGGGUCCCAGGGAGCGUGGUGGCUCUGCUGGUGGCACCUGCAGUGCCCGUCCUGCUGGGAACAGUGGCUGCUGUGCCCCCCUGCUGCUCAUGGAUGGUGACACUUGUGUCCCCUGCCCAGCACUGCCCCGUGGGACAGCCGGGUCUGUGGGAAGGGAGAAACGUGGGGGAGUUUGGUUUUCAAUCUGACAUUGUGAACAAUGGAGGGAAACAGCUUGUUAGAAAUGGAUUUUGUGGUGACCUCCUGAAGUCGUUUGUCAUGUGUGUCUGUGGUGGUUUCCUCCUGCAUGCACAGCGGAGCGCUGGGACCAGCGGCAGUGGGGCUGUGCGGGGCUGUGCUGGGCUGUGCUGGGCUGUGCUGGGAUGUACUGGGCUGUGCUGGGCGGUGCGGGGGCCAUGGGGCGCAGUCCCACUGCUGGGGACAUGGAGUGACACGGGGACGCGGGGUUGGCCCUGUGCAGGGCCCUGGACGUCGCCGUCAGAGCCGUCUGUCAUGUAAAGCGUAGGCUACUCCAAGUGUUUAUAAAGUUUCCACGAGUUAAAAAGAAA